CGAGGUGUCAUGUCAGGUACAACAGGCCAAAACAACAGGAGCAAUAUAGUGCAGCGGGUGGCUGGCCUCCCCCUGGUCUGUUCCGCACUCCAGAACGUGAGUACUGUGUACGUGGAGGUGAAGAACCGCUACCCUCUACUGGGCUUCAUGGGAGAUCUCUCUAGUCUCGGGCUGCAGGUCGUCUCCCUGAUGGCCAGAGAGCGUGCAGGACCGCUGCUAGAGAACCUGAGACCACAGAUUGAUGCCGUCAACCACUAUGUUAAUGUGGGGCUGGACCAGAUGGAGAGCAGCUUCCCAGUCCUGAAUCAGUCCACAGAGGAGGUGCUGUGUCACCUGAAGGAUGGCUUUUACCUGACUCUAGACGAUGCUCAGAUGCGCGUCAUUGAAGGGCUGGAUGUGGUGCUGAACAGGUGGGAGCAGCUGGUGGAUGUCAUCUGGGAUCUGCUGAUAGCCCUGCAGAACUCCUCCACGGGCCGAGUGGUGACCUCAAGCCUGGACGAGGUGCUUACGCGUACCGAGGACGCUGUCCAUCACUACCUGCCAAUGCCCCCGACAAUGCGACAGGAAUUCGAGUUCAGGGCUUCGCUGUAUGAAGAUGAUGAUGACAAUGACGAACCUGGGCUGUGGACGCGUGUGCGCUGGCUUUUGCUCAAUCUGAGUCUCCAACUGUACCACCGAGCCCUGAAGCUGAGGGCACAGCUGUACCGCAUCAUCCAGACACUAGAGGGAGCUGCUAACACACUGGGGCUCACUAAAAUGAUGGAGGUGGUGGUUAACAUGCUACAGAACCUGAUGGCUUUCUACAUGUCUCAGGUGAAUGGAAUCAGGGGUCUACGAGACACGGCACUGGGGACGCUCUCUGAUCUCGUCCAGACCUUCCUGAAGUUGCCGCCUGUGGCACAGAUCCAGGCGUUGCCUGCCCAGGUGGGUGAGGUGGCCACCAGUCUGAGAGAGCUGAGCAGGGUCCUCAUCCAGCUCCUCAUCAACACAACUCCGCUCUACAACAUGGUGCUGGAGCAGCCAACAGAGCAGCAACUCCUCGAAUACCUUGAUCAGGAGGCGACAUCUGGGGAGCCAUUAACACCGCGUAGCUCCUCCAACAGCCUCUUCCUGAAGGCCAUGGAUAGUCGUCCACGGCGCCGCCGGAGUUUUUACGCGCGUCGCCGAGGCUCCACAGGCCAUGCGUCUGACCCCUCGACCCCGAGCACUUCUGUGACCCCACCAGCACCCACUUCCGCCCCUCUCCCGGCCAAUGGCCGCAGGGGCAGUGCGAAGCGCGGCAGCCAAACUGAGCUAGACACCCUGGCCCCGAUCUCCACCAACACGAUCCGCCGCAAGUCCUCUGCUGCGGAGGUCCUCUUAGCACCUAUCAUUCAGCUGGUCUCCCAGAGCCAACGAGCCUUUGAUUAUCUGAGCUCAACUCCAAAUGAAGAAGAGCAGUUCAAUGAAGAUUAGGCCCCCUGUGCAACCUCUCUGCCUUAGCCAGAGUUAUCAAGUUUCAUGAGUAUCACAGAUUUCAUC